CUGUUGCAGCUUCUCUCUCCCUUCCCCUAACUUGUGCCAGUGCGCAUGCCCAGUCAGUCCGUCCGUGUGUAGCGCUGUGCCCGCUCCGUGCCUGAGAGGGAAAGUGUGGAGCAUGCGCAGUGCGGGCCAGCUGGUUCCCUACAGUGAGAGUAGCGUCCCGGGAUACACAGUGUCCGGCAAUGGCCGAGCCGGUCCAGCGAGAACGGAUGGUUGAAGCCCUGUGCGAGCAGCUGGUUCGGUCCGUCUCUGUCAUCAUGGAGCCCGAGUCCAGUCAGGAAUGUCGGCUGAAAGCGCUCAAGUUCUGCGAGGAGUUCAAGGAGAGAAGCCCCCUCUGUGUGCCCUGUGGCCUGCAGCUGUCCAACCGGAGCCAUUCCCCCUGCGUCCGGCACUUCGGCCUGCACGUCUUGGAGCAUGUUAUAAAGUUUCGGUGGAACGUCAUGCCUUUGGGUGACAGGGUGUUUGUAAAGAACAGAAUGAUGCUUCUUAUUUCUUAUGGAAUCCACCCCAUCCUGGAGGAGAAAGGGCACAUUAAGGAUGUGAUUGCUCGCGUUGUAGUAGAGAUCAUCAAGAGAGAGUGGCCCUGGAACUGGCUAGGGAUGGUCAACGAGCUGGCCUUUACUGCCAAUUUUGGGGAUGCACAGAUGGAACUGGUGAUGUUCAUCCUUCUGCGGUUGGCUGAAGACCUUGGGCCAUUCGAAACCCGACCCAUAUGGUGCCUGAAAGAACUUCACAAAUCAUUGGGAGCGAAUAUGGGCAAAAUAUAUGAUUUCAUUCUGAUCGUUUUGCAGCGGUGUGAGCAGAAUCACCAGAACCUGACACAGGGCCAGUUCCGCGUGGCUGCAGCUGCUCUCCGCACCCUGGCCGGAUAUAUCAAGUGCCUCCCUACUCGCCUUAUAAUGGCUGAUAACUGCACUCUGCUAUGGCUGCUGUGUGUGCUGCUGAAUGUUCCUGAGCUACAGAUGGAGGCAGCCGAGUGUCUGCUCCUUGCAGUCAACAAGAAGGGACUGCUGCUGGAGGAACGAGUCCCGCUCCUGAUAUUAUUUAGGGAAGAUGCUUUACGAUACAUCCUGACUGCGGCACAACUGGCAGACAGUGACCCUUUGCAGGAGAGGAACUAUGUUAUCCUAAAGAUGAUUGGCCAAAUCCUUUGUGACCUGGGCAAUCAGCUCUGUGCUCUGACUCAGGUCACUGCGUUUGAAGUGAAGACCCCAGAGACCUUUGACAGAUACCUUGAAGCCCUGCUGAGCCUCACCCGACACCCCAGCCUGUUUCUCACAUCAUCUGCUUUUGUGAUAUGGGGGACUCUGUUCAGUCACAGGGUGCUGUCCCACGACCCCCAGCUUACAGCAGCCAUACCUGAUGUGCUUCGAGCCGCUAUGGUCAGCAUUGUAAAGGUGGGUUACCCAUCAAUGGAUAACAGUCCCAGCUGUGAAUACUCCCGACUGGACUUCGACGAUGAUACAGAGUUCAAUACGUUUUUCCUCUCGUUUCGCAAACAGAUGGGGAUUGUGGUGAGAUCCCUGUGUCGUCUGGACACAAGAACAGUAUUGCACGUGGCUACAGAGUGGAUGCGCCACCAGCUGUCUGCUCCGCUGGAUCCGGGACCACAUAAUGCUACAUCUGUAGAGGCGCUGUGCAGCCCCCACUCUCCUUCCUUCUUGCAUUGGGAAGCAAUGUCCUUUUUCUGCAGUGAAGUCUUCGCUCAGCUCUGCCGCCCCCUGUCUGCAGAGGAGGCGCUGCUUAGAGAGGGUGUCAGGCUUCUCCAGCGAGUCAUCAGCUAUGAGACCAAGGAUCCUCUUAUUGUGUCCUGUGUCCUCACCAACCUGGCGUCCCUUCUGCCGCUCAUCGCCCACGCGGGGCACCUAAUGCCGCUGGUGCUACAGAAGCUCCUCAGUGCGGCCGGGUUUGCAGAUACAGACGGCGUUACGGUGCCCAGAACAGUGUUACGGAAUAUCCGCAGCUGCGCCGGCACCCUCCUCCAAACCGUCUGCGUUACUUUCCCAGACCUGGUCGGGCCUUGCUUUGAGGUUUUACAUACCCGUAUUAAAGCCCUAUUGGGGCAGGAGCGGCUACUAACUGGCGCUGAGAGAUGUGCCCUGAUGGGGGCUCUUGUUCUGGCCAGCAACCACUUUAAAAACUACAGCAGACAGAGAUCCAUCCUGGAGGAAUUGCUCAGGCCUGCGGUCUCCAUGUUGCUCUCUGAGGAAAUGCAGAGAGUGCUUUCUGGCCCCAGGGAGUUCAUUUCCUUUCUGAACAAUCCAGGGAGUGAGAAUCAAGAAGAAGGGGAUGAUGGCGGCCGCCUAAGUUACUCCAAGCUCUGUUACUGCGCUGACACCUUGUUGGCUGCUAUAAGGAAAUCACGGCGGCCAAACCAAUUUACAGAAGCCACAGCCGGGGGGUUCGUUAAAGGCCGUACCCCAAACGGUGCCGUGUUUCUCAACCCCUGCGCAGGGGAACUGCUGAAAGUCCUGGACCGUCUGCUGGUUCUGAUCAGGACAAUGAACAGCCUGUACCUUCCAGAAGUAAUGACCAAAAUGGCAGAAACCGUCUGUCAGUCCGGGCUUGAGGUGGAGAACAAAAGCAUCAUGGAUUGCAGCCAGCCCAUCAUGGGUGAGUCUGUGCCCCCAGUGACCGUGCCGGAGCAGCUACAGGGCCCUUACAACUCGCUGUAUAAAGCCUGCUGCCAGAUACUGGGAAAGUGCGGCCCCUCCAUGCCACAUGAGUUCUACUCCGUUCCUGACUUGGCUUCUCGUCUGCUCAGCUCUGCCUUUACCAACCUCGACUACGUGUCUGACCUCCAUCUUAGACAUAUAGUGAAUGAUUUGGUGACACCGCUCCUCUUUUAUUGCCCUUCAAAGAAGUACGAAAGUGUGGUUCUCCCGAUCCUCAGGCCUCUCCUGAUGAGCCUGUACCAGAGAUUGUCCCAAAAAUGGCUGUGUAUCAACCAGAGAACUACAUCCAGUGAGGAGGAUCUAUUGGAGGAAGAGAGCGAGUCCCAAGAUGACCUGAUGGUGAGGCUGCUGAGCCGGACAGUGGUGCAGUUCAUUUAUAUUUGCUGUAAGGCUACGGCCACAAUAUAUCACAGUGAUGCCGAUGGUGCAUUCGUGCCCAGGGUGGAACAGGCGGGAGCAGAAGAUCAGGAAGCUCUGACGGCCCCGGUGGAUCAUUUACUUCAUUCCAUGAAGCUCUCAAACCUGGGGCAGUUCCUGCUGAAGAAUGAGGAGGUUUACACGGCACUGCUGCUAAUGGCCUACAGCUCCCUGAUGUGGAAGGAUCCACAGACGUGUAAUAUGGCAGCCACUCGGCUGUGUUGGUCCCUGCUCAGCCAGAUGAUGGCCGUCUCCCUGCCGGCUGAUGCCGCUGUCUGUUACUUUGCCAGUGUGCUGUGUGGGCUACAGGCUAAUGGCCACUGUAAGUCCUGCACGGACCCUCUGGUUCUCUUGGCGUUCGAGUUCUACGUGGCGCUGCGCCCCAAGUACCCAGAGCUGCGUGGCCUGAUGGAGCGGGUUCCACAAACCCAGCGACAUGUAUUGGUGCAGUUUGAUGAGGAUAUCGUUUCCCCCAAGCAGAAAAAGAAAAAGCUCAAGGAACAAUUCAGGAAUCUCCUUACUGGGUGCAUUGGGAAGCCGCUGGCCGACCAGUUCUACAAAGUCCACAUCCAACACUUACCCGCUGGGUUCAAGGGAACAUCUGGCCCAGUCUUGGAACCUGAUUCUGUGCCAAUCAGCUGCUCCCUGGACCCUACUCACUGAUAGAGGGACUCGGACACCCCCAUGGGGGUUGCUAUGGACAAGAUUAAAGGCCAACUGCGCCCUGGAUGACAAUCUAAUUUACCACUUGUGCCUUGGUACAUUGCUGCUGGAACACUGGGAUGCCAUUUUUAUAUCUCUGUAUAUAUUUAUAUUAUAUAUUUACCUAUUUGUGUAUAAAAUCUACUUUAUUGCUUUUAUAUGGACAUGGGCACAAGUGUCUUUCUCUUCCUGGUGGGACUGGGACACGAGAUCAGCCGGUGACUCUAUUCUGGUGUUACUGCCCACGGGCUCACAUACGGGUCUGUGUUACUUUCCUUUAUAUUAAAGGCAAAAUAAAUGGUUUUAGUUUAUUA